GUCCUGGCUGUGUUGGAGCUGAUUAUGUGCGCAUGCGCAGAAACCGAAGCGCUCGGUUGCCUUUUGUAAACAAGAAGACACAAGAACAGUUAACGAUUUGAUCAGGCAACAAGAGUAAAGGCACUUUUUCCUGUUACAUACUGACUGUGGAUAUGAAAGGACAACAGAAAAGUUCUGAACCUGAUGUCAAUGUUCCAGUCAUUGAAGAAGGGGCAGUUGCUACUGCAGAGGACCCAUCGGCAAUCGCAACUAUUCAGUCUGCAUCUACGUUUUCCUCGGAGCAGCCGAUCAAAUACCUCUUCAAGACAGAGGGAGCUGGGGGGCAGGUAGGGGAGCUGUACCCUCCCUCAGGGCAGGUUACAUAUCGAGUAAUCCAGGUAGCAGAUGGACAGCUGGAAGCUCAAACUGAUGGUGCAACAGCUGUCAGUGUAGUUACUGGGUUUCCGGCUACAACACAGCCUGUCACACAGGCGAUUUUCUCUCAUUCAGAAGGCUUAGAUGGAGAUGGCACAGAAACCCAUUACACAUAUUAUCCUGCUACUAUCUCAGACGCUGCAGCAGGCACAAUGGUGACUAGUGUUCAGGCCUCAGAUGCUCUGCUUAGUCAGAGUGCUCCUGCAGGUCAGUUGUAUGUUAUGAUGUCUCCGCAGGAGGUCCUUACUGGAGCCAACCAGAGGUCUAUUGCACCUCGUAUACAACCUUACAAUGCUAAGUCAGAGGGACCAAGAGCUUCUAGAGAUGAUAAAAGGCGAGCUCAGCACAACGAAGUUGAGCGAAGACGUAGAGACAAAAUUAACAACUGGAUUGUUCAGCUGUCAAAAACAAUUCCAGACUGCACCAUCGAUGCCACUAAAACUGGACAGAGUAAGGGUGGGAUUCUAUCAAAGGCCUGCGAUUACAUUCAGGAGCUGCGACAGAGUAACAGCCGGUUAGGAGAUGAAAUGAACAGCCUUGACAGGUUGAGGAUGGAUAACCAACUGUUACGGCAAGAGGUGGAAGAUUGGAAAUCUAAGAAUCAGAUUUUGAGGAACCUACUCCGACAGCACGGCAUAGUUGCAGCAUCAAAUGCAGAUUCCCAGUGAAGAAUUCUAAGGAUGAUGGAGUUUUAGAAAUGGAGAUUUCCAAUGCACAUUUCUGCAGUUUUUUUUAACAACCUUGAACAACGCAUAAUGCAUGACUUACAUAUUGCAGUUUUCAACCUACUGGUGAUCAGUGGUGUGGACUUAAAUUGCUUACAGAAAGUGCACUUUCGGUCAGAUUGCGGUGCCCCCAGAAGUUGAUUUCAACCUAGGAGGACCUCCCAUGCCCCCGGAACACACUGCUGGUGAUGAUUCUCCAUCAGGAUCUUGCCUUAUGUACAUAAUUUAUUUUUUUUUGAUUUUUUUGCGCCUUCCAGCCCCUGUACUUCAAUGUAAUUUAGCAUUCAUAUUUAUGUACCAGGACAGGUCAGCAGAAUUUGUUCAUUUUGUACUUUUACUUCUAAAUUUGUGAAAAUUAUACAUGUCAAAUAUUUGUUAUUAAUGCAUUUUUUAUACUUUUCAGAAGGUUUUUCAAUUUAUUUUGUUCAAAUAAUUAGCAUGUAAAAUAACUGCCUAUUAAUUGACAAUUUACAACAUAUAGUAUCAUAGUAGAUUUCACUAUUCAGAGUGCUGAAAUAAAUAGACAGAUUUCCCCUGCCA